AGCGGGCUCAGUAAAUAAGUUUCUCUCCAAAGUGAAAUAAACGGUUGGAGAAUUGCCGCGAAUGCUCAACAAUGGUACCCAUAUCUUAGAAGACGACUGGGAAAAGCAACGGCUCUUUUCACUCACCUCACUCUCACUGCGAAAGAGUCUCGUGGACGGGGUUAGAAUUGCGGAUGAAAAAAAUGGCGCUCUCUGUCUACUGCUCUGUUCUGCCUCCUAUUCCAAACCCUAAUUCCAAUUCCCUCCAAAUCCCCCCAAUUCCAAAUCACAAAUUCUCCUCCUGCACUUUCGCCAACAACAAGACUCAUAAUUGGCGUCGUCGCGGACUCUCAGUAGUUAAUCGAUCAGAGAAUGACUCGGACCAGAGCACCUCUAAGGAAGACGAGGAGGAUAGUACUGGGGUUAAAGCUGCAUUAUCCAUGCUGAGGUUCUACAAAAGGGAAAUCUCGCCACUAAUGCCAAAUAGUUGCCGAUAUGUUCCAACAUGUAGUGAGUAUUCCAUGAUUGCUUACAAGAAAUAUGGAGUUGUUAAGGGCACUGUCUUGACUGCUUGGCGUCUUUGUCGUUGCAAUCCUCUUGGUGGGUCUGGAUUUGAUCCCCCAAGAUGGUUUGGUGAGAAAACUACACUAGAUGAAUGAGAAACUUCAUAGUGGGGGUGCCAAUGGAUAAGAAUAUGGAGCUUUACUCGUGUGUGGUUCUAGCCAAUCGUCGCAUGGUGUUGCCUUCACCCCUCUGGUUGUUGAUUGGAUUUGGGAGUUGUUCAACCAGCUUCCCAUUGACAGUAGGUAUCUGCAUUGAAAUAUCAGGGAAACUCCAGCGGCAGCCAUGUGUUCCAAGUAACCUCAUUCAUAUCCUUACAUACUGAUUUAUAUAGGAGAUUCUCUUUACCUGAAUCAACCUCGUCAGUGCUUAUUUUAAGAAUCAGUAUGAUCUGAAAUUACCAAAUAAUCCGGAAGACGCGCGGUCCAAACUAGAUAGCACUGUAAUCAGAUUGGUAAGAAAGGUAUUUAGGAUGUUAAUUAAUCCUAACACAAAAACUUAUUAUUUAUAUUAAGGGAUAGCUUAAUACAAGACUUAUUUAACCAA